UUGAACAUCAAAUCAAUCAGAGAACAGGAAAGAAGAAUACCUCCCAUCCCGCCAAAAGCUCGCUGCUCUUGUGGAUCUGUAGGACACAAACGCCAAUCGUUAUCCCGUCUCCGUCUCCGUCUCCAUAGCAAUGGAUACACACUCGCCUCCCGGCCAUAGCCGAACCACGUCGGUAACUACAAACAGUUUUCACCUGACCUAACCAAUCAGAGAGCAGUGCCAGGAGUUACGACAGAGAAUAAAGGCAACCAGGACCUCUAUCUUUUAUAAAUAGUCCUCGCCUCGCCUUCAGUGCCCUGACGGACGCAGGUACCCAUUCUUUACAAAAAGAACGAAAUAACAAAAAAGGGGGCAAAAUGGGAGCUUGGCAGAACGGACUAUUUGGCUGUUUCAACAACUGCGGCUUGUGCAUCAUCACCUACUUUGUGCCUUGUCUCACGGCCGGCCAGAACGCCCAGGCAGUGGGUGAGAGCUGCUGCGUGUACGGCUGUCUGACCAUCCUGGGGCCCAUCGGCGUCUACACCCGGGCCAAGAUCAGGGGCAAGAUCAGAGAGCAGAAGGGAAUCGAGGGUGGUUUCUGCAUGGAUUGUGUCCUUCACUGGUUUCUUCCUAUAUGUGCUUUGAUCCAAGAAGCACAGGAAGUUGGAGUGAGUGGAGGCGCGAUGGCACGAGAAUAGGUCUAGCAGCAACAUCACCGCCGACUUCAUCGAGAUGCCUGCUCCAGAGAAACUGAAAGGACUGAACAUCGCAGACUAUCAAAAAGCUAUUGUAACAGAUAUGAAACGGAAUUGUUAAAAAUUCUUUCUUUGCAAACCUGGUGAAGAAAUAACUUUGCGCACACACAGAAGAACAGAGAGAAAUUGCAAAUUCCGCGUUACAGAAUACCGAUUUUUUAAAGAGAAUGUAUUCUUUAUCUAUAUCUCGCCACGCCGAACAACAAAGAAUGGAGCAUAUCCAAGUAGUAGUUUAUUAUCCAUUUGACUCAUGUACUAGAAUUCGUUGCCAUUUUGUAAUAACUAAAUAAGUAAAAGAACAAAGACAUUAAAUGAAAUGAAAUUGACAGACACACUCAAGAGGACAUUUUAUAUUUAAAGUCACGUAUUUUUUAUAUGCACUCAAAUUGUUUGUAAGGAAAUUUAAUUACGUCGGGUAUUAUUUUUAUCUUUUUUCAUUUAAAGAUACAUAUAUCGUGUAGAAAUCUUAAACAGAAUGUUUGUAUACAAUGCUUAUUUCUGAUGCAAACCGUCCAUCAACUGCUGCUAUACAUUAUAUACCAAUCUAUAUACUUUCUUUUACUAUAAAUUUUACUUGUUUCCA